CCUUGGAUCACCAUCUGGAUUUCAAUAUUCAAACAGAAUCAACUUUUUUUUUUGUAUCGGAAAGAGUACAAGCACCUGGAUUUAACAUCAGCAGUGGUUGGGGGGCUACGUGGAUUUCCUCCAAGCACCUGCAGGAGGUGGAUGAAGUACUGGAUCGUUCGAAUUGGGAUCUAAAAGCGGCAGGGAAGGUGGAUCCGGAUCAGCAGCAGUAUUGGUUUAGCAGAUUGUUAGUAAUAAAGGCAGCUCGGAGUUCCAGGAGCUGCAGCUGCAGGAGGCGCCGCUAGCAUGUGUGCUGUACAAGUAAAGCUAGAACUGGGUCACCGAGCCCAGGUCAGAAAAAAACCCACACUAGAAGGAUUCACCCACGAUUGGAUGGUGUUUGUUAGAGGGCCAGAGCACAGCAAUAUUCAGCAUUUUGUGGAGAAAGUUGUCUUUCAUUUGCACGAGAGCUUCCCCCGACCUAAAAGAGUGUGUAAAGACCCACCAUACAAAGUUGAAGAAUCCGGAUAUGCUGGUUUUAUUUUGCCAAUAGAAGUCUACUUUAAAAAUAAGGAAGAACCUAAGAAAGUUCGGUUUGAUUAUGAUUUAUUUCUGCAUCUUGAAGGCCACCCACCUGUAAACCAUCUCCGUUGUGAGAAACUAACCUUCAACAAUCCCACUGAGGAAUUCAGGAGGAAACUGUUAAAAGCCGGAGGGAUCAUGGUCAUGUCAGAGGGCUCAUCCUUCUCUUCAGGCACAAGCCUUCACCUCCCUAGCCUUCCUAGUAAUUCACUGUCUUUCUCAGAUGUUAAGAAGAGCAAAUCAUCUCAUGGAUCCAAGGACCCAAAUAAACUUGUUAGCAUAAACAGCAACAGCAUUAGCUUGUCAAAACCCCACAAAUCGUCAAAGGAGCACAAAGAGAAAUCUUCAAAAGACUCAAAAGAACAUAGAAGUGCCUUCAAAGAACCUUCCAGGGAACAUAACAAAUCUUCCAAAGAAUCCUCUAAAAAACCCAAAGAAAACAAACCACUUAAAGAUGAAAAAAUUGUCCCUAAAAUGGCAUUUAAGGAACCUAAACCUAUGUCAAAAGAAUCUAGGUGUGAGAACAAUAACAUCCUUACAGUGUCAAGUGGACACCAACAAGAAAAGAAGGUCUCUAGUAAGAGGCCUUCACAUAUGGACUCCGAGGACUCGCUGGUUAGGAAACGGAAAAAAAGCAAUUCUGAGUCAUCGCUUAAAAAUGUAUCUAAUUCCUCGCUCCUGGUUUUGUCAUCUUCAGAAAUAAAAAAAACUUUGAGGGACAAGUCUCAGCCUAAAACUGGAAAGGUAAAAAUUGAAAGUGAAGUCAUGGAUAAGAAGAAGUUAUCUCUACCCCCCUUUGAAGAUAUUGUGGACCCUAACGACACAGACGUGGAGGAUAACAUGUCAUCUAAAUCAGAGUCAGGUCAACCAAGUCCUGCCAGUUCUAGUUCCAGUUUGGCUCCAUCUCAUAACCACAGACAAGGACAUCUUAGGCCGACAAUAAAAGAUUUACAUUCUGAUGAGAAUGAAGAUGAAUCUGAUGACGCAGACGAAAACGACUCUGAGGGCGAGAGGACAGUCCACAUGCACAGUGGAAGCAGGGCCCGCAGAAUCAGCUUAAGUGAUGGAAGCAAUAGUGAAAGUAGUUCCGUUUCAUCACCUUUACGGAAUGACCCUCCCACAUUGUUAAAAACUAGCAAUAACCAGAUCCUGGAGGUAAAAAGUCCGAUUAAACAGAACAAAUCUGAAAAGCAGAUAAAGAAUGGAGACUGCGAUAAGGCUUAUCUAGAUGAAUUAGUUGAAUUGCACAGAAGAUUAAUGACGCUACGGGAAAGACAUGUACUUCAACAGAUAGUGAAUCUUAUAGAAGAAACUGGACAUUUCCAUAUCACAAACACAACCUUUGACUUUGACUUAUGCUCCUUGGACAAAUCCACAGUACGUAAACUACAGAGUUACCUGGAAACGUCAGGAGCAUCUUGAGGGUGUGUCAGAAUUAUGCGGACAUUGAUGGUCAUAGAUAAAUAAGUGAAUUAAUAAAUUACUGAACUGUUGAUAAUUAUUCAGGAUUUAAAAAAAAAAAACCCUCAAAGAGGGAUAAAGAAAACCUCCUUUUUUUUUUCUUUUUUUUUUUUAAGGAUAAAAGAGGAAAAAUGUUGCAACAAGAAGGGUGAUCCUUCUCAUUAAUAUGUUAUUGGAGAUUAAACCUGGAAAGCCUUGAAAAAAUAAACACAACAUUACCUAUUUUGUAAACUGUGUUUGGUAUCAUGUGUCGCUUAGUGGCAUUUAAGUCCACAAGAUGUAUGCAUGUUCAACACAACACUGCCUUACUACGUGACUCAUCUAUUUAUUGUUCUAUACCUAGAUUCCAAAAGUCACUGGGGAAAUGACACUACCAGAUCUACAAGCCACUAUGUGCAUCCCAAAUACGUGCUCCGUUUUUUCGAGCUGGGCUGCCUUCAGAAAUCUUAUGGCUAAAACCAUAUGAACAGUUCUCUAAUCAACACUUGAUUUAUGUUUUCAAUGCUAUGUGUUCAGGACUUGUCAACACAAUAAUAAAGUUCCCAAACGUGGACCAAGUUUAAUUUUA